AUGUCCACAACACCGCGUUCCCGAACUCCCUCUCGCGUCGGCACACCCGUCCCAGGAGGCUCGCCCUCCCGCCUCGUCCUCGCGCCACCGCUGCGCCCGACCCACUCCCUCACCAACCUCCGCGUGUACUCCAAGUCCUCCAGCAGUGGCGCAUCCUCCUCCUCCCACUCAACCUCCCCCUCGACCACCCCCAUCGCCAUCUCAGCGGUCAACACCCCUCCGCCCGGCAAUGCGGAAGGGAUUCUCGUAACAGAAGCAGAGGCUGAGCCUGACGUCGAGGAGAGCGAGGCGAUAGGUAUUGGCCGGGUCGCCAGCCCUGCCGGGGAUGAGGACUCAAAGAAGAACCUACGCGACCAUCUCAGGCAGACACUGAGCUAUAGGCAGAGUACGGCGGAUAUGGCGUCGAGGCCGCCGAAGAAGAAGAGCAAGACGCUCAACCUGAAUGAACUGCCGCACGAGCUCGUCGACAGCUUUACUCCCCGCCAGUACUUCGUGCUCACCGAGGCCGAUUCAACCGACUCGGACGACUCCGCCUCCGCCUAUGCCCUCAUGCAAGCCCUCAUAUCCAUCUUCCUCGACGACAACAACGACAAGCUGCGCUGCAUCAACGCCGGCGCGACCCGCAUCACCUUCCUCCUGCGGCCUCCGCUGUACUACGUCUGUAUCUCAGACUGGGGCGAGCCAGAGGGCGUGACGCGAAAUCAUCUCGAAUACCUCCACCUGCAGAUCCUCAGCGUCGUCACCGCGAGCCAUCUGCGCAAGAUGUUCGAGCGCAGGCGGAAUUCUGACCUCGGGCGGUUGCUCGGAGGGGCUGAGAAUAUCCUGAACUCUCUGCUGCAUAGGCUAGAGUGGGAUCUGGCGUUGUCGACAUCAUCGCUGCAUUGUCUCAAACUAGAUACCGGGUUACGGGCCAGGCUUGCCGAUGCGCUGGUGCCCUCAUCCAAGGCUAAGGACGUGCUAUACGUCAUUCUAGUCGCCAACGGCCAGGUCGUGACCCUCGUCAGACCGAAGAAGCACUCGAUCCACCCAGCAGAUCUGCACAUCCUCGUCAACACCAUCUACGCACCUUCCAUCCUCACCUCCCCUGCCGCUGUUUCCUGGCUGCCUAUAUGCCUCCCAAAGUUCAACCCGAACGGGUUCGUGAACGCCUACGUCAACUUCCUGGUGCGCGGACGCGGGGAUGAAGACGAGCCAGGGCAGAAUACGGCCUCGAGCGCGGAAGAGGCGUCUUCUCCUACUGCGCGCGAGGGCCCAGCGCCCGCGCAGAGUGCACCAGGUAAGGAAGAAGAGAGCGGGGGCAGGGGCAAGGACAUAGACAUCGGGCUCGUCUGCAUCAGCGGCGGGCCGGACUUCGAGACCGUCCGGACGUGGUGCGAUUCCGUGAUCAAGAAAAUGGGGAGCGACGGCGCGCUGGACGCGCUGAUCACGGCUGUGCGCACGGGCGCAACGGUGUACUCCGUGUCCGAGCUGGGCAUACCCGGCCUGCGCCACUUCGUGUACAAGUCGCGGUCGCAUGUGCAGAUCACGGCGCCGGUGUUCGAGGACCCGUAUGAUGUCAAGCGAGAACAGCAGAGGUGCGUGCAUGCCUCUCACUACUCUCUUCUGCCGUGCUUGACGGCGGCGGCGGCGGCGGGUAGGUUGAUCACGCUGUACCAAACCCUCCACGACGCGAUUCACGCCCGGUCGGGCCAGGCGGGAAGUCUGAAGCUGCAGUAUAUCAAGACGCAGAAGGAGAGCGUGAUGGGCUGGAUAACGCAGCCGUUCGAGCUGUACGUCGCUCUAUCUUCGAGGCUGCCCAAGAGCGCCGUUGUCGGCGCGGCGAACGCGGUGGCUAGAUGGGUCAAGAAGGAGGAGGGCAGGUUGUUCUUGACUAACGCUCCUGUGUUCUAA